UGGGGCUAUGUAGGUGCAGUCGGAGGUGGUGCGGUAGCAACUGGUGUUGCAGCAGUGGUAGCUGCUCCAGUGGUCCUUGGUGCUGCUGGUUUCACCGCUGGAGGUGUUGCUGCUGGCUCCAUGGCGGCAGUUGCACAGUCCGCAAUUUACGGAGGAUUUACAGGGGGUGCUUUUUCGGUUCUACAAAGUGCAGGGGCUGCUGGCAUAGGAUUGGCAGGAAAUGCUGCCGUUAGCGCAACCGGUGCAACUGUUGGUGGAGUUUUAUCAGGUUUAGGAGCAAGAUUAUACGUGGGUUUUGAUAAAACGUUGUUUGAUGUUUUAAUGAAUUGAAGCAAUUUGUGUGCCUACAAAUCAAACAUUCAAAUUCAAUCUAAAGCCUUUUGGGGUAAUUUUAAACUCUUUCACGCUUAUUUUCUAAUUUCAAUAGCUGUCCACAAAGGAACGUAGAAAAUCGAUGAGCGCUUUUCGACACUUGUAAGAUUCAAUAGCUGGUGUCUUUUUCCCCCGAAAUUUAACAAAUAUUUCUGUCUUUUGUUUCUCUUUUAUCUAUAAGAAUUUCGUAAGCGACGAAUUGUCAAUAAGCUUAUAUCAUUUGCAAUUCUAUUAUCAGGGCAGUCGUGUGAAGACCAUUAAUUUGUUGAUAUGUGGUGGAGGGAGUGAUGCGCACGCAUUUGCUGGCAUAGCGUCCUCUCGGGAGGGAAUUGAAGUUCGUGUGCUGAGUUUAUAUCAAGAUGAAGCAGAGCGCUGGAGCUCUGCAUUGCAGACCACAAGUGUUGAAGUUGAGUUACAGCGCAGGGGACAUGAGCCGAUGUCUAUCAAAUCCAAACCAGCAUUAAUAACAAAGAAUCCAGAUGAAGCCAUGCGAGAUAUCGAUUUGGUAGUCUUUGUCUCUCCUGCGUCUGCCCAUGAAGAUUAUCUGGAUGCCCUUAAACCUCACAUUAAACCUGGAAUGACCGUAGUUGGUCUACCUGGUGGACCUAGGUUCGAGUUCCAAGUUCGUCAUGCGCUGGACGAGACUGCGCAGCCGUGUACAAUCCUAAAUUUUGAGUCGUCACCUUGGAGAUGCCGUAUGGUAGAGUUUGGUGUGAAAUAUGAAGUUCUUAUCACAAUGGAAACUCUUUUGGGGACCAUGGAGGUUAGUUCUGAUACUUAUCAGUGA